UUGAGGGGCGCGAAACAAAUCCGGAGAGCUUGUGACGUCAUCCAGCCUGUCCCACAUUCCCUGACGGUCUGGCGGCAGUCACGUGAUCGCGCUCGCUCAAGUUGCUUCCACUUUUGUGUCCCAUCAGCAAGUCUUCUGCACAAGAAUUGGCACAUUACAGAAAACAUAAUCAUCGUCAUCCUCAUCCUCAACAUAUUAAUUAUGGAUUCCGUGGAGAGGAGGAUCUCGGUGUGGGUGCGCGCCGAGGAGAAACUGGUCCUGGGCUUGUCCAAACGCACGACCUGCGCCGACGUGGUCAAAGCGCUCCUGGAGGACCUCGAGGACCCCAAGCAUCGGCGCUACUGCAUCGCGGAGACGUGGAGGGGCCUCCGGAGGAUUCUGCCCGACCGGACCAGGAUUUGGCGUCUCUGGGUGGCGUGGGGAGCCGAGCGGGACCGCGUGCGGUUCGCGCUGGUGGGCCGCGGCGGCAGCGAGGAGUCUGCGAGGAGCGGGGAGGCGCGCGUGGUGCCGCUGGUCAGAACCGCGCCGGGUUCUUCCUUGGCGGAGGUCCCGCUCGACAAGCAGCGUCGGGCGGUCAGGAAAGCCUUCCGGAAGCUGCACAAGGCGCACAAGAAACGCGCGUCCUCGUCUCGCGCCGACGAGGCGCAGACUUUGGCGCAGCUGGUCCUCUUCCAGGAGCGCACCAUCCGCCUGCAGGCUCUCAGGCUCCGGCAGCUGGACGCCGAGAUCGAGAGGCGCGAGGCCGAAGUGCAUCUGGACCGGACCCGGACCCGGAGCCACGGCGACGGUUACGUGCAGGAUGCCUAUUCGGCGGGGGCUCGCGGCCGGGAUUCGUGCUCUCCGGCAGGCUUCCCCCACCCGUGUGACGGCCUGUGUCAGGAGGAACUGUGGGAGCAGGGGGCGCUAGCGGACAUGUUGAUCGGGCAGACGGAGGAGGAGCUGGACCGGCACUGGAUGCGGAAUUGGUGGAGGGAAGAGGAGCCGCCCCCGGCGUCGUCGGUCCCGGGAGGAGAGCAGAUGUUUUUGGAGGAGAGGCUGAGGAGAUUUCUGGACGCCACGUCGUACGUGGGCCGGCGCCUCCGCUCGGAUUUGGAGGCUAUUAGGGGCGAUUUGGAGCUGAGCCGGCAGAUUUGGAGCAGCCGCCACGAGGAGAUGAGGGAUUUGCUGGAGAAAAUCAACUCUUUGGGUUCCGACGACGGGGGUGGGGCGGAUGGAGCUGAGGGGAGGAAGAGCCAGUGGGUGGAGCGAGCCAGGGGUUGGUCCGAAUGGCACCGAGGCAACGAUGAGGACUCAGACACGGGUUUAAGCUCCCUGCACAGCCAGGAGUCUGACAGUAUCAUUGUGUGCCAGUCUCUGGUGUAG